AUUUCCCGAAAUAUUAAAUUAUAUUUCUUUUAUUAAAUUGAAGUUUUUGUUGUUAUAAAGUCAAUUUUUUUUUAACAAGAAAUCAUUACUACCAUUUUCUGUAAACUAAAAUAAAGAAAAGGUCAACGCAUAUUCUUGAACCGAAAGGGUCCACGUAUAGCCUUGAACAAGUUAUCCACGAAUAUUUUAUCACCUUCGGGAAAUGGAAACAAUAUCCCGUUUAGUAGACCUUGGAGAUUUUUAUCUCCAGGUCACAUUAAUCAAGAAGCACGAUGGUAUGACCCUGGGAGAAGGACGCCGGAAGGAAAAUCAACCACCGACGUAUGGGAGUAGACGGAAAAAAUGUUAUAAUUGUCAGGGAGAGGGUCAUCUCAGACAUCAAUGCACGCAACUACCCAGGGAUCGUGUACCUAUGGGGGUGUUAUCGGAAAAUGCGCGGGUAGAACCAUAUGAAGAAAAAAGAAAGAUAUAUAACGAGAUGAAUGUGGAGCAGCCGACAACUUCUGUUCUUAUGGGACCGGCCAUACCUGCGGAUAAGCGUCCUCCGAAAAGACCAAGUUAUAAUGAUGGACUGCCACAAUUAGGGAAUUCUCGCUGACAUGGAUAUGUUGCAGAGAGCUAUGGCUACAAUAGAUACUGAGGUUCUACCGACGACUAGUGCAGGGGAUUUUUGGAGCAGUCCCAUGUCGGCUUAGGGUGAGGAAUAUUCAUUUAACAUGAAGAUAUUCCUAGAUCAAACUUUAUGUUACAAAAGAUAUUAAGAAAGUGUCACACUUACUAGUGUAGGACAAGGCUAUAAACAGAGGAUAUUCACCAAAGAAGAAGGAAAUAUAACUAAAUAUCCAAGCUGGCCAAAUUUUUUAUGACCUUUCAAUGAAAAAGAAAGACAAUUCAAUGGCUGGCCAUGACUGGUACUUAGGAUUUAUGUUAAAUCCCACUCUCUCCUUAAGGUCCCCUGGGGCUACUAGUAUUCCUAGGGAUGAAGAAAAUGAAAGGUUUAUUAAAUGAUAUGUUAAAUUAGAAUGUAUGGCAAUUUACAACAUGGAUAACUGGAUUUACCACAGUUCAAACCCCUUCCAAGAUAAUUGCACAGAAGGGUCAAAACCGGUAGUAUCUAUGACUUCCGCAGAAAGGGAAAAUGAACUUAGAAAUUUUGAAUGGAUAGAUUCAAAAGAGCUUAAAAAAAAUCAAGAACAUUUUUUAAACCUAUAUUCCUGCAAAAUGCUUAAUCGGUCUAACGAUUGUCCUGUUGAUGGAAAAUGGUCUCGUUGGAGCGAAUGGUCAUCAUGUGAUAAUAUAUGUGGAAUGGGAAAAAAGAUCCGUUAUCGAUUAUGUAAUAAUCCCCUACCCCAAAAAUUAGGAUUUUAUUGUUUAGGAAUGGCUCAUGAAACUUCAGUAUGUUGGAACAAAUGCAACAUCACUUUAAAUAGUAUAAAAAAACUUUCUUGGGAAUAUUUGAGUGAAAAUCAAAAAAUCAUGUUCAAUAAUAUUGCUAUAAAAUAUCCAAAUAUUUCCAGUCAUUGUUUGUAUAGCCAAUGCCAUUUUGAUCAACUCAAGGAAGAAAUUAAUAACAUUAAUACUGUGCAUAUGUUUUGGGCCAUUAUAAAUUGCUUAAAAGAAUUAAGAGGUUGUAAAGAUCAGUCAUUUUGGGAAAUAUGGUCUAGUUGGAGUCAGUGCUCAGUUGAAUGUGGCAUUGGACAUCGAUAUCGUUACAGAAUAUGUUUAAAUCAAAAAAUAAAUUCUAAAUGUGAAGACUCUUAUAUAGAUACUGAAGAAUGUUAUUCCAAAAAUUGUUUGUCAAAAAAUUACACUACUAUGUUAUCCGAAUGGUCAAAAUGGUCUAUAUGUUCAGUUAACUGUGGUAUUUAUGGUGUACAAAAAUCUGAAAGAAAAUGCAUUUAUAAAGAAAAUGUUGAAGGAAAUACAUUCCCAUAUGAUGUAAGAGGAUGUUUCAUUGGAAAUGAGAUAUAUAUCGAUUCAAUAGAAAUUAAUAGACCUUGUUAUGAAAUAUGCACAAUUAAUGGAGCUUGGGGCAAAUGGAAUGAUUGGAAUAGUAAUCUGUGUAGCGCUAAAUGUGGAGUCGGUCGAACAAUACGUCUAAGAAAAUGUAACCAGCCGAAUCCUACAGGUGGAGGUGUGUGCAAUAUUAGUGUUGAGGGAGAGGUUCAAGAAGCAUUAUGCAAUUCUUCUAUGUACUCUCCAUCUAUUUGUAAAUCAGAAAAUAUAACCUCACUGAGUCAAUGGACAAAUUGGCAUGAGUGCAAUGAUCUGAAUUGUGAAUAUGAAACUUAUUUCAAUAUUACUAAUGUACUAAAUGUUACCUAUUUGAAAUCAAACUUUCGAUAUCAAAUUACAAUAUGA